AUGGAGCACGAGGUCCAGCGGGUUCGCGGGGCUUUCAGCUCUAGCCGCUCUCACCCCUUGACGUUCCGGCGGCGGCAGCUCGAGGCCCUGCGCUCGAUGGUGCAGGAGCGUGAGAAGGACAUCCUGGCGGCCAUUGGUGGAGACCUGAGCAAGAGCGAAUUCAUCGCAUACAGUCAAGAAGUCAUUUCUGUGCUUGGAGAAAUUGAUCUCAUGCUGGAGAAGCUUCCGGAAUGGGCUGCUGCUAAACCAGCUCAGAGGAACCUGUUCACCAUGCUGGACGAGGCCUACAUCCAGCCAGAGCCCUGGGGGGUUGUACUGAUUAUUGGAGCUUGGAGCUACCCCUUUGUCCUCACCAUCCAGUCCCUGAUAGGAGUCAUUGCUGCAGGAAAUGCUGUAAUUAUCAAGCCUUCCGAAGUAAGUGAGAAUACAGCCAAGCUCUUGGCUAAGCCCCUCCCUCAGUACUUGGACCAGGACCUAUACGCCGUAGUCAAUGGUGGCGUCGAGGAGACCACGGAGCUUCUGAAGCAGCAAUUUGACCACAUUCUCUACACGGGAAACACAGCUGUUGGAAAAAUCGUUAUGCAGGCUGCUGCUAAGCAUCUGACUCCUGUGACCCUUGAACUGGGAGGGAAGAGCCCAUGCUAUGCGGACCGAGACUGUGACUUGGACGUCGCCUGCCGAUGCAUCACCUGGGGCAAGUUCAUGAACUGCGGUCAGACCUGCAUCGCCCCCGACUACGUGCUCUAUGAGCCGUCCCUCCAGGACCUGAUCAUGCGGAAGGUGCAGGAGGCCGUGAAGGAAUUUUAUGGAGAAAAUGUAAAAGAAUCUCCUGACUACAAGAGGAUCGUCAAUCUUCGUCAUUUUAAGAGGAUACAGAGUCUGCUGGAAGGACAGAAGAUAGGUUUUGGUGGGGAGAUGGAUGAGGCCACACGCUACAUAGCCCCAACAAUACUCACUGAUGUGGAUCCUCACACCAAGGUGAUGCAGGAAGAAAUUUUUGGACCAAUUCUUCCAAUAGUGCCUGUGAAGAAUGCAGAUGAAGCCAUACAGUUCAUAAAUGAAUGCGAAAAGCCCCUGGCUUUCUACGUGUUUUCUCACAACAGUAAGCUCAUCAAGCGGAUGAUCGAUGGGAUGGACACCAGCGGCGGUGUCACAGGCAAUGAAGUCAUCAUGUAUUUCAUGCUCAGCUCUCUGCCCUUCAGAGGCGUGGGGUCCAGCGGGAUGGGAGCUUAUCACGGAAAACACAGUUUCGAUACUUUUCCCUAUCAACAUCCCUGUUUAUUAAAAACUCUCAAACAGGAAGGCGCGAACCAACUCCGGUACCCUCCCAACAGCCAGUCGAAGGUGGACUGGGCGAAACUUUUCUUAUUGAAGCGGUUCAACCAAGGGAGACUCGGCCUCCUGCUACUCACUCUCCUGGGCAUCCUGGCCGCUGUGCUCAUCAAGGCCGGAUACUGCUGA